GUCGACGUUAUCAUGAACUCCAUCCUGCGAAGAGAAUGGAAUAGGAUUGGAUAGGAUAGGAUAUCUCGAGAUGCGGAUAUAGAACCUGAUGUACACGGGUAAAGCAUAGAUUACGCGGGGGAUCCUGGAGUAGUCGUAAAGCAAACAAACAAACAGAUGUCGGGAAAGCAAUCCACGGACAGGGGGAACAUGCAAUCGGGAAUGAAAGGGAAGAUCGUCUGGGCGGAAGCAAAACACACACGCAACCGGAACCCGAAGAAAACCCAGGCUCAUCAGCAGAUGAUGCACCUGCAGCACCCGGCGCCGUCGUCCUCGCCCUCUGCACCGUCCCCCGAGGUCGUAUCCGUGCCCCGCCGUCUCCGCCGGCCCUUCUUUUUGAGCGUCUCGUCCUCGCUGGGCUGGGCGUACGGCCGGAUGGAGAGGUGCACGAUCGUUGAGGGGACUUGCUCGCCCGAGGAGGAGGGGGUUGAUGCGGGAAAAUUGAGCUCUACAUAUGAGGUAUCGUCGUCUUGGAGUAUCUUUCCCAGAUGGAGUAUCCGUAGGAAUGACGGCGCCGGCGGACGCUCGUCGUUCCAUUCCGAGUCUAAAUUGGCGUCAGCAACGAGCCACGCAUUCCACACCAGCUCCUUCACCCGCCCGACCGUCGUCUCCGGCUCGAACGACAUCUGCCUCCUCUUCCCCGAUACCAGCAAGAACGUGAUCGAGCACUUGGGCGUCUGCGGCACGGCCUCCUGCGCCUGCUCCUGCUCCUGCUCCGUCUCCCCCUCCUGCCCCUCCCCCUGGGUAUUCACAUCCACGACCCCCUCCGCCUCCGACACCGACCCCGGGCGCGUCUCGUUGACCUUCGUGAACGACGUCCGCGCGGACGCCGGCGCCGUCCCCAGCACGUCGAUCCGGCGGUACGGCGGCAUCGACGACGCCGUCCCGGGGCGCGGGAGCUCGAGGUCGAUAUGGCCGGGCACGGCCGACGCUGCAGCUGUGUCGCUCAUCGUCGUCGCAGUCGGCAGCAGCAGCCUGAGUACAGUAACGCAGGGACCUGAUCGUGCGAGGCGAGCGGGAGAGGUUGGAGCCGGGCGUGUAAGGGGGGGAACUUGACGUCUAUAUGUAGAAGCAGGCAGAAGCAGCAGUGAUUGUGUUUGUCCGACUCCGACGUGCGUUCCCAGCUCUGUCAGGGUUCUGCGGGGGAAAAUAAAAGGGCGCGCGUCGAGCUCGCUGUGCUUUAUAUCGUCGCCGCCGUCGUCUGUCAGACAGCCUGGGCCAGCGGCUGGCCUGAUCCAAAGGCUGCUC